AAUACGGCGGUUCUUCAACGAUGAAGUACCAGACCUUCAACCCAGGGUUCAGCUCCAAGUCCUACGUCUACACAUCCUCCAGACCUGUCAUGGUGAGUUCUACCCAGGUAUUAUAAAGGUAUUCUGAACAAUAUCGGCCUACCAAAACAUACAGUAUAAUCUUACAUACUGAAUCUUAGGAAAAUAUUGCUUCCAUUACACAUCCAAUGGUUUCUGGGUAUCAGAUAAUAUGUUUAGCAGAUGGUUAAAAGAGCCCUGCAGACCUAAGGGUUGUCUCCAAUAAAGAUAUAUUAUAGACAGUGUCUGUCUACAUCAAAAUAUGCAGCGUAAACUCUGUGUCUGCUCUCUGCAGCUCCCUGUAAAUACAGUCGUCUAUGACACAGUGGGAGGGUUUCACAGUGCAGUGUGCCGGAGCCAUUGAGCUAGGUCUUCUCUGGGCUCUGGAAGUGUGGUAUUUCACAGCGGCUCUCCACCACUCUCUCCAGGAUCUAAAGUCCACCCUCCAGAUUCCUCCACAUCUCACAGUCAGAAUAUUUCCACCCUCCAGAUUCCUCCACAUCUCACAGUCAGAAUGUUUCCACCUCACGUUAGCAUAGCAGAUAUCAUUAGACGAUGACACCAUUACGCAAUGACAUUGUUGAAUAAACUUGCCAUUGAUACAUUCAUUCAUUUAAUUAAUGUAAUAUUUUACCAGACGUAUAUUGUGUUUUUAGAUUCAGCAAAUAUACAGUACAUACCAGUGGAGGCUCCUGAGGGGAGGACGGCUCAUAAUAAUGUCUGGAUCGGAGCCAGUGGAACGGCAUCAAACACAUGGAAACCAUGUGUUUGAUGUAUUUUAAUAUUUGAUACCAUUCCACUGAUUCCGCUCCAGCCAUUACCACGAGCCCGUCCUCCCCAAUUAAGGUGUCACCAGCCUCCUGUGGUACAUACAGUAGAAUAUAUACAGUAAGAAAAUGAUUCAAAUUACACGGUGACGGUAACAGCAUAAAAUACUCCCUUAUAGUGUGACGAGGUGUGAAUGACGGAGUCAGGCGCAGGAGGUAAAACAAGUACAGGAGGUAAAAACACUGAAAUCCAGAGUUUAUUCAGUGUUACAUGAAUAAAGUGCAGCAAGCGUCAAAACGAAACUAGCACAAGGGAAAAAUCCACCUUGGCUACAUUCAAGGAAAGAGUAGCUCAACCGAGUUACUCACUCUCACAAUGAACAAUCACUCACAGAGGACAAGGGGGGCAGAGGGAACACUUAUACACAGACUAAUGAGGGAAUGAGUACCAGGUGUGUGUGAUUGACAAGACAAGACAAGACAAGACAAAUGGAGUGAUGAUAAAUGGAGCGGUAGUGGGCUAGUAAGCCUGUGACGACGAACGCCGAAACCUGCCCCGAGCAAGGAGGAGGGGGCAGCCUCGGCUGAAUUCGUGACAUAUAGUGGCCUUGUUGACUGCAAAAAAAAUCUAAACUCAACAAUUUCCCAUGACUUUACAAUGAGCUUUUUCACAAUGUAGGUACACAGACUUUUUACUUGUGUCAACACUAGUCCAUAGAAAUGAACCACUCCCUUUUAUGACAGUGACUCAUAGCAUUUACAGUAUGUGCUGAAGGGUUUGGAAAGGUCAUAGGUCAGAGUUUGGUGCCCGCGCUGCAGAGUAUAAUAGAGGCGGGGUCAUAGAGGCGGGGUCAUAGAGGCGGGGUCAUAGUGAUUUGCAUUAAGCAGUAGACAUAUAGAGUUAGACCACAGUGAUUUGUUCAUUCUCAACAUACAGUAUAGAAAUGUGCCUCUGGCCUUCGAAAAAAAAAACAAAUUCUUUCUCUGGCUGUUAUCAUAGAUAACAUGCUGCAGGUGGUUUCUGAAAAUAAUUCAAUCUUUCUAAGAAUCCAUUGAGUCUAAGUCAGGGAGGGUUUCCUUCCAAGGUCGAGAGAGAAGGCGCUGUUGUACACUCCAGCCACUGACAAGAUGGAACGGUAUCUGUGGUCACAUGUCAACAAUACUGAUGGAAUGUUGAAGUUCGUCACCUGGAAGCCAAAUAUGGUCUACCAGUUUAUUGAGAUCUGUACUAGAGUUUUCUCCCGGGGUGCCUGGCAUGUCUCAGCUUGUCUUUGUCAAUAAAACAUGUCAUACUCUGGAAGCCAUCCUGAUCUCUCGUCAUUAUUGAUCACCCCACCCAGACCUUCACUACUGCGUAGUAAUAAGGAUUCACCAUGCCUUUCAUCCUGCCAUAGUGCCCUUGAGCAAGGCACUUAACCCCUAUCUACUGGGAGGGUGUGGGGGGGUUACAGUCUGUGUCUCUGGGGUUGGUUAAAAGCAAAAAUACUCAUUUCCAUGGACUUAAAGGAAAAUAUACAAUAAAAUCUUCUUCUUCUUCUUCUCCCCCCUGUCCCAGGCACCCAGGGUGGCUCAGUACUCUGGCGGUUUCUCCUCCCGCUCUGCGGUGGAUCUGAGUGGUGGUCAGAGGGUCGCAAUGGGGAGUGGAGGAGGAGGAGGAGGAGGUGGAGGAGGAGGAGGAGCAUACCAGUACCACGAUAACAUGAGUCUGAGCGGGGGCUACCAGGGAGAAGGGGGCUACCAGGGAGGAGGGGGAUACCAGGGAGAAGGGGGCUACCAGGGAGGAGGAGGAUACCAAGGAGAAGGGGGCUACCAGGGAGGAGGGGGAUACCAGGUACCAUGUUAAUGAGUUACUGUAUUCUAUGUACUGUAUAAUUCUUCCACUACCAUUCAAAUACUUUUGGACAGCUGAAUAAAGGCACCGUUAUUUUUUUGGGGGGGCAUAUGUUAAUACUGAAUGUAUACCAGUGUGCUGAUGAACUCUGUUCUACCAGGUUGGAGGAGGAGGGGCCAUGAGGCAACAGAUGACCCGGGCGAUGAGCUGUGCUCCCGGCCCAGACCUAGAGACCAUGUCCCUGCGCUCCGUGAGGCUCCAGAACCUGCCCGCUCAGGUAUCUGAGUUUAGAUACACUCUACUAUGUGUUCUGUGUGUAUUGUGUCAAUGUCAACGUAAGGUUUUUCUUUCAAGUGUUGUUUUGUAUGUCUGUAUUGAUGUUGAUGUUCUCUAUCUGUAUUGAUGUUGAUGUUCUCUGUCUGUAUUGAUGUGGUAUUGAUGUUGAUGUUCUCUGUCUGUAUUGAUGUUGAUGUUCUCUGUCUGUAUUGAUGUGGUAUUGAUGUUGAUGUUCUCUGUCUGUAUUGAUGUGGUAUUGAUGUUGAUGUUCUCUGUCUGUAUUGAUGUGGUAUUGAUGUUGAUGUUCUCUGUCUGUAUUGAUGUUGGUGUUCUCUGUCUGUAUUGAUGUUGGUGUUCUCUGUCUGUAUUGAUGUGGUAUUGAUGUUGAUGUUCUCUGUCUGUAUUGAUGUUGAUGUUCUCUGUCUGUAUUGAUGUUGAUGUUCUCUGUCUGUAUUGAUGUGGUAUUGAUGUUGAUGUUCUCUGUCUGUAUUGAUGUUGAUGUUCUCUGUCUGUAUUGAUGUUGAUGUUCUCUGUCUGUAUUGAUGUUGAUGUUCUCUGAUUCUGACUCUUUCUGAUUCUUGUUUCAGCCGUCCCCAGUGGCAGCCUGGGUGGCUGCGGACUGCAGUGAUGGGGGCAGCCUGGUCUCGGACCGCGACGCCACCUUCAGGCGCCAGCAGUCUGUCUACAGCACCGUCAAUGGAGGAGCCUACAGCUCAGGGACCCAGAUGAGACAGGUAGGAGGAGGAGGAGGGUCCAUGGUCUUCCAAGCCCCAAUGAGUAUGGUUGGUGGAGCUUAAGAUUAACACAUUCCGUUUGCAAUUCUUAUAUGUUCCAUGGCAUGUGAAAAUGAGUUGUUAUCCUAUUUCCAAUACAUUUGAAAUGUAUUUCGGAACAAAUAAUGCACUCCGUCCAAAUUAGCUUUUCAGGUGUUUGUGAAAGCAAGUUUUUUUUUUUUCUCCACUAAUUCAUUUUUAACAUGUUAAAAUUUAAUUUGUGUUACAAUAUAAUUAUUCUAAUAUUUACAGCACUUUUUUUUUUUUUAAAUGAACAUUUCCAUUUCCGGUAGGGAGGAGAGGAUAUGAUGACGGUACAGCAGCAGCAUUCCUUUAAAGGGCCAGCGUACCGCACCAUCAGCAGAAUCAACAACAGGAACAACAGGAUGUCCAUGGGCUCCAUGUCCGGGGCUUCCACCCUCCCCUCAGGGGGAAGCAGCUACGGCGGUGGAGGGGGAGGCUUCGUCAUGUCCAGGGCUUCCACCCUCCACUCUGGGGGGAGCAACUACGGCGGUGGAGGGGGAGGGUUCAUGAUGGGCCAGGUGAGGAUUGCUAUUGCGAUAAGUUUAUUGGCCAUUUGCAUGGACAUUUGUUAUGUGAGGUCAGCAAGCAAACGGAAUAGACUAAAUGAAUACACUAUGAGACAACAAUAAUACAACAACUCUGAGAGGUGAGGACACGUAGCCCCGUGAUGGGCCAGGCCUAAUCUGAGAGAAUUCUCAGCAUUUAGCCCAAUAUUGCUAUUUUAUCUGCCAUGAUUGUAAAUGUAUGUUGUUUUUAAUGUCGUAUUAGUUUUGAUUCUUCUUUUAUUCUUCUUUUUUUUUGCUUGAGUAGAGCUUUGAUAUAUAAUGAAAAAGCGCUAUACAAUUUACGAAUGUAUUAUUAUAAUUGAAUAUGAUGCAUUGUUAUUAGAUGUCGUCUGGGUCUCAGGGAAAUCUGAUGAUAAUGCAACAGCAGAGACAGGCCACUCUGCCCAGGACGAUGUCCGUCAAGAGCAUGCACAGUGUCGGGAAGGGCAUGGAUAUCUACGACAGACAGAUGGACAUGACUGGCAGCAUGGGCAACCUCAGCGGGUGAGGACUGGAUACUAGGGUCGAAUAUCGGGAACCCGGUUACCGAGAUUUACCCGGGGAUUUACCGCCCAAAACCACUCCCUUUUACCGGGAUAAAUAAUUGCGAGAGAAACUGGUAAAUUAGAAUAAAUUAUUUAUAUGAACAGCAUGGCGUGAAAUGGAACUGUUAAAUUAUAUGAGAUGUCUAAAUCAUCAUGGUAACUUUUUUUUUCUUGUGACAGGUAGACCUACAUUUUCUGCAGCAUAGCCUAAUUUACCCAUCUCCAUCUGGCUUUCGGGGUCACCUUAUUUUUUUAUUGUAAAGAUUUUUUUUUUUUUUGUUGCGGCUGCAGAGUUUUAAAACACUCCUAUAUCGUUGCUUUAAACCAGUGCACGAGCGAGCCAUGAUCAUGAUUAUUAUUUUGGGAUUAUGCCUGAAAAGGAAAGUGGGUAGUUUCUCAUGUUUUAACUCCCAAUCUCACCCACACGGGCUAAACUCACCACUAAUACACAGUUAUCUGAUACUUCUUACAUUUUAGUGGUUAGGAAUAUCAGAGGGGUUAAAAGUCUCAAAUGAUACAGUAUGGUCAACACUUCCUCUCCAAUGCUGGUUGUAAUACUACUGAACAAGUUGAGAUAUAGUAUGAACAUUCUCACCCCACAUUCCUUUAAGAAUCUGGUCAAUCCAAAUACAUGAGCCUCAGGGAAAGCAGAUUUUUUUUUAGAAUGUGUGCAUUAGAAUGUGUGACAUUAGAAUGUGUGCAUUAGAAUGUGUGACAUUAGAACGUGUGACAUUAGAAUGUGUGCAUUAGAAUGUGUGCAUUAGAAUGUGUGCAUUAGAAUGACAUUUGGGUUGGUAUAUUGCCUGAAGCAAGGAUGAACAUGUUAUUACAUAAAUAUAGAGAAAAAGCUCAGAGUGAACCUGCUCCGUCCGUCCGUAACCAAAGAGCAGGUCGAUUCUGUGGUAAAGAUAGCGACACUUGUUACAUAUAGGUCUACGACACUAUUUGUUGCAGACAUUUUCAUUACAACAGUGUGUUAAAACAUGCUCCGGUACUUUGAAAGUAUUUUUUUUUAACCUCCCAGUUUGGGCUGGAUGUGUCAAUGUGUAGUUCAUACAUGCAUAAUCCAUGAGCAUAAUUACUUUCUUCCCUCAAUUAGCCACGAAAUCCCUAGCUUGAAAGCGACUCUUUUCUUGAAGUUAUGCCGCGCCAUUUUGCUACAUUUCCCCCCACGUGGGCCAGCCCCCUUGCAAUUUGAGUUCUUGCCAAUGAGCUUCAGCCCCUAGCAUUUGAGUGACAGCUAGCAAGAGGCCUGCCCAGCGUUAUCCAAUGAGGUUGCAGGGCGGGCCCAAUGGCUCAGUGGACAUAGCAAAGAGGCAGAGGGAAAUGACGUGGUGCACAUAUCUGCAUAUAUGUGACAUAGUACGCUGUUUUCGGGGACCACUUUUGGCUCAUGAGCGCUACUUUCAGAACUACUGGCUAAAAAGUAUGCAAAAGUACCGGAUAAUCUCUUUAAGGGGUUUCACAGAGCUUAAAGGGAUAGUGAAGCAUCACUUUAAGUCCAAAGGUUGGUCCCUUUCACAGUGGUGUACCACAGUUUAGCUGUUUUAGAGCUAAUUUCCUGCUAUUUUGCCAAGAGGCUGAGAGCAAAUUUUGCAUUUCUAAAGCUAAUUUCCUUUAAUUAUAAAAGUAAAAUGUCAUGACUUAUGAUGUGUUCAUAUACUAUCUAGGGGGACCGAACUCCGGGGGGACCCCUGCCUGUGCCUGUCUCGGUCAAGCACCGUUUACCUCUUCCCAGACUUGGUCGGUGAUCCGGUCUUAUCCGGACGGGAUCAGGCUAGCCAAACUGCGUGCUAACGUACUGCUAAGGUUAGCUAACGUACUGCCACUGGCGAUUCCUGGCCUUCCACGGUGGAAUUAUUUGUGUAGCUCUCUCAUUUAGCAUACGUAGCGUUUAGUCGCUUGGUUAUUCUAAACGGACCGUGCUGCGGUCAGAGAGAUUCCCGAGACCGAAGGAAGACGCAACUCAGUUUUCUUUGGCUAGCUCUGUGCUGCCAGUGGGCUUGGCUAGUGCUAGCCCGCGGGGAUAAUGAGAAGCCGCAUGGCUGACAACGGCUAGCAUACAGUAUUGUGAAAACAGUGCCACUGUGUUUGGCUAUGGCCGACCGGGGUACUACAUUGCUGGAGCUCCUUUGCCUAUAAAACGGCCGGGAUUUAGGCGGGCUUUACGGUAUCAGGCGCUCUCUGUCCACAAGGGGGCAGCCCUCCCACACAUAUAGCUUAUUACUGGGAUUCAUUGCUGAUUCCACCCUGGUCCCUAUAAGGUGCUUAGUGAUGCAAGGUUAUUAUCAUGCUAACAAAGUCUGUGGUUCAUAUGAACUCCAAGAUGAGCUGUCUGUCUCCUGCUCAACGCAUUUCGUUUCUGGGAAUUGGAUUCAAUUACGAAUUGUCUGUUAUCACAGAUGGGGUCAGUUUUUCAACGCUGUCUGGCCCUUUUCCAGCUGGGUUACAAGGUGCGGUGUCACCGGUACCUAUGACUGGUGGGAAUGAUAACCUCUAUUAUAAAAAUGUUUUCCUGGGUCUAAUUUUAGUGCAUGCAGCCCCUGCGCACCUAGCGCGAUGAGACGGUAGGUGGCACGACCUGGGGUCUCUCCUUGCCCCCCUCACCAGAUGUUUGCUGAGACAACAGUACCCCCAAGUACCACGGCCAAUCGGGGUAUGUGACUGGUAGCCGAAGCCCCUGAGCCCAGAGUGGACCCGCGCUUGAGGAAAACGUUGGCACAUAAACACAUUGUUUCUAACCCCAAGUUCCACGGUGUUCACGGGUGUGGAGUGGUGUGCCCUAUAUGUGAGCUGAAUAAAAAAGAGUCCCUUCCCCACAGUCAGACACUCGGUUGUCAAGAAUGGUGGAAAUGGAAAAAAAGGCAUGAAAGAAUUACCAAAUUCUGCCACAAGGUGGCGUUCCACCCCUUCAGAUGACACUUUACGGGAGGAUCGCUGUCUGUGUCGACCAAUGGCGCGCAUGUGCAGUGUCGCCCUGGAUUACGCAAACAGUGACAUCGGGGUACAGGCUACAAUUCGUUGUGGUUCCUAUGUCAGAGGCCUAGGACGGCUGGUACAGCUGGUAUUUCCUGGUUCCCAGAAGGGGGCGGAUCUUUGUAUCCCAUUUUAGACCUGCGUGCACUAAACAAGCACUUCAGGGUCUACAAAUUCCGAAUGCUCACGAUUUGGUUCUCCUCCAUCGACCUGAAGGACACGUACUUUCACGUGGCCAUAUAUCCCUUCACAGGAAGUUCCUGAGGUUAAAUGUUCAAGGCUGUAGCCCACAAGUUUCUGGUACUCCCGUUUGGGCUUUCCCUCUCGCCUUGCACUUUCACCAAAAUUGUGGAGCCUAUGCGGUGUCAGGGGCUCAGGAUAUUGGACAACCUGGACAAUUGGCUGGUGGUAGCGGAGUCGAGGGAACAGGUGGCACCUGGAGCUUGUCGGCGGUGUACACAGUGCUCAGGCAUUUCCUCUUGUUGUUGGCAGGCCAGCAGGUGCGGACUGACAGCAGGACAGUGGUGGUAUAUAUCAACAGACAAGGAAGGGUUUGUCUCGCCCCCUCUUGUCCUUGGCUCGCUCACUACUGCGCAUUUUCCCUUGCUCUGGGCGACGCAUCUCCCCGGGCACCUCAACACGGGUGUGGAUCUGCUAUCCGGGGGGGGGGGGGGGGGGGGGCUCCGUUCUCGGGGUCUCCUAGACAUGGGAAAUGUUCGGCAGGGCCAACGUAGAUCUUUACCCAUCGCGAGAAAAGGCGCAUUGUCGGCUGUUUUUCUCGAUAAGGGACCUGACUGCUCCGUUGGGAAUGGCUGCUCUCACGCACCAGUGGCCUUGGACCCUCCUUUACACGUUUCCCCUGUGGACCUCAUUCAGCCCACGCUGGAGAGGGUGCGUCUGGAGGGCUUGUCGUUGUUGAUCCUUGUGGCUCACCGUGGCCCAAACGACCUCGGUUCGCGGAGAUCAUUUGCCUUUUAGUCGGGGACCCGUGGCAACUCCCGUUGCGCAGGGACCUGUUGUCCUAGGUGCACGGGCAGGUCUGGCACCCAUUGAGCGUGUACAUUGUGCGGACCAGGGGUGUGUGACCAACUUUUUGUCUGGUUUUGCUAUUCCGGCUCUGUGAUGAUGGGAAAUGUCUCUUUCCCAAGAGCUGUAGAUUCUGAGGUGGCCCCCUGUAGUGGCAGGACUGGUUUGGGUGUGGCACCCAUGAGUUUCAUCAGGCUUCACAUUUCACACACAAACAGCCGGCGCCUAGCGGUUAGCACAGCAGAUGGAAAAACCCACAGUGUGUUAACGUUAGCUUGGUUAACAUUCACACAGGCACAGGAUUAUACCAUGGGAGUGAAACCUGUGAAUCAUGUUGACCUGGCUGGUCAGCUGGACUGGCGAUGUAUUACCUCAUUUAGCCUAAUCAUGCACCAGGGUUUGGGUCAACUCCAUUUGAAUUCCCAGCAAAUUUUUAGAAAGAAAUUGAAGAUAAUUGGAUUUUGGAAUUUCAGUGGUACUUCUUGAAUUUGACUGUAAUUUAAAUGGAAUUUACUUACAACCCCACCUAGAGGGACAGUUUCCCGGAAAACAGGACUAAAAAGCUAUUUCAAUGGUGAUUAUCGAUUGAGUAGAUUUUGCUUUUCAUUCCAGGACUAUACUUUGUUUUAUAUGUGUCCCUAUAGAGCAGGGUGUCAAACAUAUGGCCCAUUCAAUCUGGCCCACAAAGGUUUUUUUUUAGGGAAAAACUUUGACAUUGAAAAGAGCUAAAACCAAAUUGAAACUGUGUAUAAAAUGAUAAUGGACCUACAUCUAUAGUCUCUUCACUCAGUUAUCGAAACGAAAACUACACAGUCAGGAAGUAAUAGAAAAUGGAUAAAGGACAAUUUUCUUUUGCCAAUUUGUACGGCGAGGAAACAUAAUCAAUAACCGAAACAUAACCGAAUGUGAUUGAUUGAUUGAUUGAUUGAGCUUUCUGAUUGUACAGGAUCAAUAGCCUGGACAUGCCUAAGGCGGUGAGGUACCUGAUUGAGGGGGAUGCUGACCUGCAGGUUCUGGGAGCAGCUUAUAUCCAACACGAGUGUUACAACAACACUGAGGCCAAGAACGAGGUAACAAGGGACUUCCUUUACAUUCUGCAGUCACCAUCUCUGUUUCUCUGGUACUUCCUUCUUAUGAUGUUUCCCAUGUCAAAUAAUGCGUCCCAGUCGGUGUGCGAAUGUUAUUAACAUAAUAAUAAGGACUAAUAGAAGUGGAGUUGCAUAAAGAACUAUUGUCUAUCGACACAUUGAAACGCUCCAGGUGUAUCGACACAUUGACACGCUCCAGGUGUAUCGACACAUUGACACGCUCCAGGUGUAUCGACACAUUGACACGCUCCAGGUGUAUCGACACAUUGACACGCUCCAAGUCUAUCGACACAUUGACACGCUCCAGGUGUAUCGACACAUUGACACGCUCCAGGUGUAUCGACACAUUGACACGCUCCAGGUGUAUCGACACAUUGACACGCUCCAGGUGUAUCGACACAUUGACACGCUCCAGGUGUAUCGACACAUUGACAUGCUCCAGGUGUGCCAACUGUCAAUCUUGGCCAAUAUGCUUAUCAUUAAUGUCAUAGUUCAGCAGACAUUCAUGUGAUCUAAGUAAUUCUAAAAGGAUGUUGUCUUGUUGAAGUGACAGACACCAUUUUGUUUGAAGUAUUUUGUCACAGACAGGUAGCUUGUAGGCAGCUUGUCAGUGUCACACAUAUAUUUUUUUCAGCUGUGGUUCUGUGAACUAGCAGGAAUAGAGAUUAUGUUUGUGGUCUCUUGUUGCUGGGGUAACAGGGCAUUGAUUCUGGAUUCUAAAUUAAGCCCUAGGUCUUGUAAAUCUGAAAAUAUUGGACAGCUUUAAGCAAUAUGGCAGUUGCUUCACCUUCACCUUGCCUUUUGAUAUCGAUCUAAUCAUUUCAGAAAUACAGGAGUGCCCUAGGGAACAGAGGCUAGGGGGUCACUUUGGGAUUCAGAAUGAGUCCGAACCUUACAGAGUUGUUCCUCUCUCCCACCACAAGAUACACCGCUAUAAGGGCAUCCCAGAGCUGGUGAGGCUGUUCAACAGUGAGAACCAGGAGGUGGCUCGCUACGCCACGGGCGCCACCAGGAACCUCAUCUACGAGAACAUGGACAACAAGAUGGCCCUCAUCGAGGCGGGAGGGAUCCCACAACUCAUAGAGGCUCUGAAGGAGAAUGACGACGAGCUACGGAAGAACAUCACAGGUACGACGUUUUAUAUUUUUAACACAUGUUAGUCAUUUAGCAGAGACUCUUAUCCAGAGAGACUGACGUUCAUCUGGAGCUACACUACCGGUUUAAAAAGUUUUAGAACAUCUACUCAUUCAAGGGUUUUUCAUAAUUUUUUACUAUUUUCUACAUUGUAGAAUAAUAGCGAAGACAUCGAAACUAUGAAAUAACGCAUAUGGAAUCAUGUAGUAACUAAAAGAAGUGUUAAACAAAUCAAAAUAUAUUUUACAUUUGAGAUUCUUCAAAUAGCCACCCUUUGCCUUGAUGACAGCUUUGCACACUCUUGGCAUUCUCUCAACCAUAUGUGUUAUUUCAUAGUUUUGAUGUCUUCACUCUUAUUCUACAAUAUAAAAAAAAUAUUUAAAAUAAAGAAAAACCCUUGAAUGAGUAGGUGUGUCCAAACUUUUGACUGGUAGUGUAGCUAGGUAAGACAACCGCAGAUAGCAGUCAUAGUAAGUCAAACUUUCCUGAGAGACUAAGCACUCUGUCAAUCUCUCAGGUACAAUGUAGGGCUCUAUGCUGACAUGUGCUCCUAAGUAUAAUUUUUUGGGAGCAAACAAAUAAAUUUAGGAGCACAAUGAACAAUAGUAGAGGUAGUAAUGAUACGAAUUGCGUAGCAAUUACAAAAUACAGGGUUUAAGAUUGCGAUAUAGCUGACAAUGUGGCCUUUUCCUUUCUGUUUGUGUCACUAAGUGGUUUUCAUACUACUGAUAAAUUACCACAAAGAGUGUGAUAACUUUAAUCUGUGGUUACCGGGUUGUUAGCUAGCUAGCUGCUGCUCUAACGUGACUGAACAAGGUUAGCGACUCGCUAAUGUCCCCCUCCAGAAAUAAUUCCAUUAACAUAUUGGUCCAUAUUAUCAGUCAGGUGUGCUAUUCAGCAAUAAGCAUUAUCACCUGAUGUAGCCCACCUGAUGCAGCCCACCUGAUGUAGCCCACCUGAUGCAGCAUAGUGGCUAGAAAUAAAUAGGCUGAGGGUUGCCCAUCUGCAUUUACCCCACUGCGCUAACCAUUAGCUAGCUAGAUCACAAACUCUAUAAAGGUCGACAGGAACGUCCCCAAAAACCACUUUCCACUGGCACUCAAGCCAACCAAGGAUCAUGUAGGUUACUGCGAAUAUAAUGUAGGUCUAUAUGUUACACCUGACCCAUGUUACAUUUAGCCCCGGUCUACCCUACUCAGUUGGCGACAUUGGGCAGCGCUAGCACACAUAAACCAUAAUGCUGCUAAAAAAAACUCUGGUUCUGAAAUUAAUGCAUUUCACACAUCUUGGGGGACUUGAGAAGUACGUAUAGCCUAGAAACACUAGAAAGCUCUGUGGUUCCUCCUCUUUUAACAGUGGCCAUCAAAACUGCUUUCAAAUUGCAAAAUGUAAGGUUAGGGUUGAGGGGGUGAGGUUAGGAUUUGAGGGGGUGAGGUUAGGAUUUGAGGGGGUGAGGUUAGGGUUGAGGCAGGGCCGGACUACCGCAUUUGGGGCCCUGAGGCACUGUACUGUCUGGGGGUUGGGGGCUCCCUGGAGGUCGGGGGCCCCGGGGCACAUGCCCUGCGUGCCCAUUCGGUAAUCCGGCACUGGGCUAGUCAUAGGUUUAGCAAACUGCCAUACAAAAUCAUUCAAAUUCUGCUGUCUGGCUGUACUGCAUGUAAAAUGCCUUUUUAUUAUGUGUUUGUGAGCCACUGUGUAGAGAUGACCACUCUACUGAGCAUCUCUCUCUCUCUGGGUUUUUCUGUCAGGUAUUCUGUGGAACCUGUCAUCCAAAGACAACCUGAAGGAGAAACUAGCCAAGGAGACGCUAGCUGAGCUCACAGAGAAGAUCCUGAUCCCACUGUCAGGCAGCGGAGACUCUGAGGUCAUCCAGCAGAGCCCCUCCGAGGUUGACAUCUUCUACAAUACCACCGGAUGUCUCAGGUACAGUACACUAUAGUACAGUAUAGUACAGUACAGUACAGUACACUAUAGUACAGUAUAGUACAGUACAGUACACUAUAGUACAGUAUAGUACAGUAUAGUACAGUAUAGUACAGUACAGUAUAGUACAGUAUGGUACAAUACAGUAUAGUACAGUAUAGUACAGUAUAGUACAGUACAGUAUAGUACAGUAUAGUACAGUAUAGUACAGUAUAGUACAGUACACUAUAGUACAGUAUAGUAUAGUACACUGUAGUACAGUAUAGUACAGUACAGUAUAGUACAGUACAGUAUUGUACAGUAUUUUAUUUUAUUUUAUUUUCUUUAUUUAACUAGGCAAGUCAGUUAAGAACAAAUUCUUAUUUACAAUGACGGCCUACACCGGCCAAACCCGGACGACGCCGGGCCAAUUGUGCGCCGCCCUAUGGGACUCCCCAAUCACGGCCGGGUUGUGAUACAGCCUGGAAUCGAACCAGGGGGUCUGUAGUGACGCCUCAAGCACUGAGAUGCAGUGCCUUAGACCGCUGCGGCACUCGGGAGCCCAGUAUAGUACAGUACACUAUAGUAUAGUACAGUACACUAUAGUAUAGUACAGUACACUAUAGUAUACUAUAGUACAGUACACUAUAGUACACUAUAGUACAGUGUAGUACAGUACACUAUACACAGUAUAGUACAGUACACUAUAGUACAGUAUAGUACAGUACACUUUAGUACACUAUAGUACACUAUAGUACACUAUAGUACAGUACAGUGAACUAUAGUACACUAUAGUACAGUAUAGUAUAGUACACUAUAGUAAAUUAUAGUACAGUAUAGUACAGUAUAGUACAGUAUAGUACAGUAUAGUACAGUGUAGUACAGUACAGUAUAGUACAGUAUAUUCUACAACAGCACUGCAUGUCUCAGGUACAGUACAGUACUGCAGUUAUACUACAGUAAAGUUUACUAUAUUAUGGAACACUAACAUACAGAACACUACACUACAGUAUAGUACAGCCUUCAUCUUCUCCUCAAGCUCCUCCUCCCCCUCUGUCUAAGGACACUGUUGUUACAUGCACUAGCUUGGCAUGUCAGCUCUUUAAACACGUCAGCUCUUUGACCCAUGUCAGUUCAUCGACACGUCAGCUCUUUAACACGUCAGCUCUUUGAUACACAUCAGUUCAUUGACACAUCAGCUCUUUGACACACGUCAGUUCAUUGACACGUCGGCUCUUUGUCCCAUGUUGGCUCUUUGACACACGUCAGUUCAUUGACACGUCAGCUCUUUGACACGUCAGCUCUUUGUGGUCCUCUGUAGCUCAGCUGGUAGAGCAUGGCGCUUGUAACGCCAAGGUAGUGGGUUCGAUCCCUGGGACCACCCAUACACAAAAUUGUAUGCACGCAUGACUGUAAGUCGCUUUGGAUAAAAGCGUCUGCUAAAUGGAUUAUUAUUAUUAUUAUUAUUUGUCCCAUGUCAGCUCUUUGUCUCAUGUCAGCUCUUCGACCCAUGUUAGCUCUUUGACACACGUCAGUUCUGACAUGUCAGCUCUUUGUCCCAUGUCAGCUCUUUGUCUCAUGUCAGCUCUUUGACCCAUGUUAGCUCUUUGACACACGUCAGUUCAUUGACACGUCAGCUCUUUGUCCCAUGUCAGCUUUUUGACCCAUGUUAGCUCUUUGACACACGUCAGCUCUGACAUGUCAGCUCUUUGACACAUCAGCUCUUUGUCUCAUGUCAGCUCUUUGACCCAUGUUAGCUCUUUGACACACGUCAGUUCAUUGACAUGCCAGCUCUUUGACAGAUGUCAGCUCUUUGACACGACAAGUUCAUUGGCAUGUCAGUUCAUUGACAUGUCAGCUCUUUGACACAUCAGCUCUUUAACACACGUCAGCUCUUUGAUAAAUGUCAGUUCUUUGUACUCUGAUUUAUGUUUGCCUAUCCUGUCUCUAACCUGUCACCCUGCUGUCCCCAGGAACCUGAGCUCAGUGAAUGAGAAGACCAGACAGAAGAUGCGGGAGACCAACGGUCUGGUCGAUGCCCUGGUAAGAUACAUCCAGGCCUCGCUACAGGACGGCAAGGUGAGGAAAAUUGGAUGAGAUGGCUGCGUAGUGGCUGAGUACAGUAGUGACGUGGAACAAUUGACUGAGUAGAAGUGAGGAGGACAUGACGAGAAGAUGCUGGAGACCAACGUAUGGACGAUGACAGUAGUGAGAGAAGAUAGCUGGACUGAGGACGGAAGGUGGAGGAAAAGUGGGACUGAGGCGUAGUGGACUGGAGGACAGAUAAGUGGACUGGAGGACAGAUAGUGGACUGGAGUACAGAUAGUGGACUGGAGGACAGAUAGUGGACUGGAGUACAGAUAGUGACUGGAGGACAGAUAGUGGACUGGAGGACAGAUAGUGGACUGGAGGACAGAUAGUGGACUGGAGGACAGAUAGUGGACUGGAGUACAGAUAGUGGACUGGAGGACAGAUAGUGGACUGGAGGACAGAUAGUUGACUGGAGUACAGAUAGUGGACUGGAGGACAGAUAGUGGACUGGAGGACAGAUAGUGGACUGGAGGACAGAUAGUGGACUGGAGGACAGAUAGUGGACUGGAGGACAGAUAGUGGACUGGAGGACAGAUAGUGGACUGGAGGACAGAUAGUGGACUGGAGGACAGAUAGUGGACUGGAGGACAGAUAGUGGACUGGAGGACAGAUAGUGGACUGGAGUACAGAUAGGAGAGUUACUUAGCCGUGUGGUAUUUGCAGAACAAUGCGUAACUGCACCUUCAGUGUUUUCUCCGAUCAAGUGUCGAACGUGUCGUCAUUGGGAAUUCAAUAAAUACUCAACAUUCUAUGGUACAUUUGUUCAUGUGAAAGCCUCACAUCUUUGACUUUGAUAUUAAAACAUACUCAACUUGUGUGUGUGUGUGUCCAGGGAGUGGAGAACUCGGUGUGUGUCCUGAGGAACCUCUCCUAUCAGCUGUACAGUGAGAUCCCGCCCUCGGCCCUGCUACGUCUGGAAGGACCAACCAGAGACCAGGACACCAGCACGAGUGAAGCUAUUGGUUGCUUCACCCCUCAGAGCAAGAAAGUAAAAAAUGUAUGUAUCACAGUGUCAAUCUUCUUCUUCUUCUUCUUCUUCUUCUUCUUCUUCUUCUUCUUCUUCUUCUGUCAGUUUAGCAGUUGAACCAUUGUCUUAAUGGUCUUCAGAAUGACCCUGUCUAUGUGUAAAUGGAACUCCUGUAUCACAUAGCCCACAUCACAUUGGCCCAUUACCUUCUCCCUUUGCAGAAGAUGAACCAGGACCUGGUUACGUUCACGGAGGUGGCCCGCGUACCCAAGGGUCUGGAGUGGCUGUGGCACCCCCAGGUGGUGGGGCUGUAUAACCGCGUGCUGCAGGCCUGUGACAUUAACUCCACCACCCGCGAGGCUGCAGCCGGGGCCCUGCAGAACAUCACAGCUGGAGACAAGAGAGUGAGUGUCGAGCAUCCCCACUGCCAAUGGUGCUGUCCCUCUCUCUCAUCGCCAUCUCACACCUCACCACCCAUCCCCUGACGGUGCCAGAUAGACUAAGGGGGUCAUCUCACCUCACCAUCCGUCCCCUGACGAUGCCAGAUAGACUAGGGGGUCAUCUCACCUCACCAUCCGUCCCCUGACGGUGCCAGAUAGACUAGGGGGUCAUCUCACCUCACCAUCCAUCCCCUGACGGUGCCAGAUAGACUAGGGGGUCAUCUCACCUCACCAUCCAUCCCCUGACGGUGCCAGAUAGACUAAGGGGGUCAUCUCACCUCACCAUCCGUCCCCUGACGAUGCCAGAUAGACUAGGGGGUCAUCUCACCUCACCAUCCGUCCCCUGACGGUGCCAGAUAGACUAGGGGGUCAUCUCACCUCACCAUCCAUCCCCUGACGGUGCCAGAUAGACUAAGGGGGUCAUCUCACCUCACCAUCCGUCCCCUGACGAUGCCAGAUAGACUAGGGGGUCAUCUCACCUCACCACCCAUCCCCUGAUGGUGCCAGAUAGACUAGGGGGGUCAUCUCACCUCACCACCCAUCCCCUGAUGGUGCCAGAUAGACUAGGGGGGGGGUCAUAAACUGGCUCCUCAGACUAUCCAUGAAGCCUCCGUAACCAAGGCCACUGAUAGGUGCGCUAGGGUAAGCUUUUUUUAGAGGGCUGGACACCUGACAGUGAGAACUGCAGCACCAACUCACACCAAUGAACUCUAUAGCUCAUUCAGCAUUCAUAGAACUACGACAGUGGUUGUCAAGCUGGGGUACUAGAACCCCUCUGGGUUACCUUUCCACAGGGUGUAAUUGCCUCAUCGGAAAAUAGGCCUAAUGAUCAGUUCCAUAUAAAGGGGGGGGUACUUCAGACAGAGCAGAACGGGAUUGCAGGGUACAGUAAUGAAAGAGGUUUGAGAAAAUACUGACCAAGAAUGACCUUGCUCUUUUUUUCCCCUCCUCAGUGGGCCGGGGUGCUGAGUCGUGUGGCUCUGGAGCAAGAGAGGAUGCUUCCUGUGAUGUUGGACAAACUGAGGACCAAUCGUGACCAGGAGCUGAGAUCCCUCACCGGCUUCCUCAGAAACCUGUCACGUCACGCCAAGGACAAGAAUGCCAUGGGUCAGUAACUAAUCCUUGAUUCCACUUGCCUCGGACCUCAUCCUCCAUUGAGCUUAAAGAGGAAGGCGAGCAAUUCAAGGAUGUCAAUGUGAGAUGUGCAUGAAGAUUUGUGUUAUUAACAAAUGGAGGAAAACCCAUUUAUUUCACGCUAGAGCAAGGACCAAACACAAGAAGACUAACAAAGCCAUACCCAUCUAUUUCAGGGGUGAAUUUGACUGCCACGUGGGAUGAAUUAAAUUAGAUCAACCCUUUUUCACCCUCUAGCAAACAAGGCAGUGAACAACCUGGUGGCCAAGCUGCCUGCUGACGGUCAGCAGAAGGAGCCGUCCAGCGACGUGGUAGUCAACAUCUGUGGAGCGUUGAACAACCUGGUGACCUGCAGCUCCGUCGCAGCCCGGGACAUCACUUUCUUUGACGGGCUGCAAAAACUGGUGGCCAUCAAGAACUCCCACGACAGCAGGUACGGGGAUGAGAAGGAAUAUUGGUAGCAGUGCUUCUGCUGGUGGGUCGUUCCACAGAUUCUGUGCCUUUUGAGAAAUGUAAUGUUUGAUUUCACCUCAUGUUCAAUUUCAUGAAAAACGAGUUUUCCUAUCUCAAGAGGUAAAAUAAAUUUAAAAAUGACUAUAGUAAGGCCUAUUAAGUGCCAAAUAAAGUAACGGGGUUGACCGUAACAGGCCUUGUAGCCCCCAGUAUCACUCCUACCCCCCCAGGCGCUAUCAUUUGUUGACUUCUGUAACCGUAAAAGCCUUCGUUUCUUGCAUGUUAACAUCAGAGGCCUCCUCCCCAAGUUUGAGUUAUUCACUGCGUUAGCACACUCUGCCAACCCUGAUGUUCUAGCAGUGUCUGAAUCUUGGCUUAGGAAGGCCACCAAAAAUUCAGAAAUUUCCAUCCCGAACUACAACAUUUUCCGUCUAGAUAGAACUGCCAAAGGGGGCGUAGUUGCAAUCUACUGUAGAGAUAGCCUGCAGAGCUCUAUCAUACUAUCCAGGUCUGUGCCCAAACAGUUUGAGCUUCUACUUCUAAAAAUCCACCUUUGCAUAAAUAAGUCUCUCACUGUUGCCGCUUGCUACAGACCCCCCUCAGCCCCCAGUUGUGCCCUGGACACCAUAUGUAAAUUGCUUACCCCCCAUCUAUCCUCAGAGUUCGUACUGCUUGGUGACCUAAACUGGGAUAUGCUUAAUCUCACACAAAUGAUCAAGGAACCUACCAGGUACAACCCUAAAUCCGUAAACAUGGGCACCCUCAUAGAUAUCAUCCUGACUAAUUUACCCUCUAAAUACACCUCCGCUGUCUUCAACCAGGAUCUCAGCGAUCACUGCCUUAUUGCCUGCGUCCGUAAUGGGUCCGCGGUCAAACGACCACCCCUCAUCACUGUCAAACGCUCCCUAAAACACUUCAGCAAGCAGGUCUUUCUAAUUCACCUGGCCCGGGUAUCCUGGAUGGAUAUUGACCUCAUUCCGUCAGUAGAGGAUGCCUGGAUGUUCUUCAAAAGUGCUUUCCCCUCCAUCUUAAAUAAGCAUGCCCCAUUCAAAAAAUUCAGAACUAAGAACAGAUAUAGCCCCUGGUUCACCCCAGACUUGACUGACCUUGACCAGCACAAAAACAUCCUGUGGCGUACUGCAAUAGCAUCGAACAGCCCCCGCGAUAUGCAACUUUUCAGGGAUGUCAGGAACCAAUAUACACAAGCAGUUAGGAAAGCAAAGGCUAGCUUUUUCAAACAGAAAUGUGCAUUCUGUAGCACUAACUCUAAAAGGUUUUGGGACACUGUAAAGUCCAUGGAGAACAAGAGCACCUCCUCCCAGCUACCCACUGUACUGAGGCUAGGAAACACUGUCACCACCGAUAAAUGUACGAUAAUCGAGAAUUUCAAUAAGCAUUUUGCUACGGCUGGCCAUGCUUUCCACCUGUGUCACGAUCGUCAGGGAGAGAAGUAGACCAAUGCGCAGCGUGAUGAACGAACAUGUUACUUUAUUAUAUUAAAGCACAAAACAAUAAACGACUCGUGAAGUCCACGGUGACAAUGACCGACAAGGAACAAGAACCCACAAACACAAAAGGAAAACAGACAGUAUAAAUAUGGCUCCCAAUCAGAGACAACCAGCCAACAGCUGACACUCGUUGCCUCUGAUUGGGAGUCACUCAGGCCAACAUAGAAAUACACAACCUAGAACCCCCAACAUAGAAAUAGAACACAUAGAAUGAACACACCCUGGCUCAACAUAUAGAGUCCCAGAGCCAGGGUGUGACAGUACCCCCCCCUAAAGGCGCGGACUGCGACCGCGCCUCAAUAAGAGCAAAACAGGGGAGGGCUGGGUGGGCAUACCUCCUCGGCGGCGGUUCUGGCUCCGGCCUUGCCCACCACCCUCCAAUAAUCCCCCCAUAGCGCCCCUGGUCCGGUCUGGCCCCGCUGGCUGGAGCUGACCUGAACGUAGCAGGAACGGCUAGCUUCAGCUCCGUUGUGGAGCAGUUGAGCGGUACCUGAUUUGGCACCGAUGACCCAGGCACGGGUUGUGCCGGACUGACGACGCGCACCCCUGGCUUGGUGCGUGAGGCCGGAACGGACCGGACCGGGCUGACGAUGCGCACCCCUGGCUUGGUGCGUGGAGCAGCAACGGGCCGGACCGGGCUGACGAUACGCACCCCUGGCUUGGUGCGUGGAGCCGGAACGGGCCUCACCGGACUGACGACUCGCACCCCUGGCUUGGUGCGAGUAGCAGGAACGGGCUGGACCAGGCUGACGACUCGCACCCCUGGCUUGGUGCGAGUAGCAGGAACGUUCUGGACCAGGCUGACGACUCGCACCCCUGGCUUGGUGCGAGUGGCAGGAACAGGCCGGGCCGGGCUGGCGACGCGCACCGUAGACUUGGUGCGUGGAGCAGGGACAGGCCGGGCUGGGCUGGCGACGCACCCCGUAGGCUUGGUGCGUGGAGCAGGGACAGGCCGGGCUGGGCUGGCGACGCACACCGUAGGCUUGGUGCGUGGAGCAGGAACAGGCCGGACUGGGCUGGCGACGCACACCGUAGGCUUGGUGCGUGGAGCAGGGACAGGCCGGGCUGGGCUGGCGACGCACCCCGUAGGCUUGGUGCGUGGAGCAGGGACAGGCCGGGCUGGGCUGGCGACGCACACCGUAGGCUUGGUGCGUGGAGCAGGGACAGGCCGGACUGGGCUGGCGACGCACACCGUAGGCUUGGUGCGUGGAGCAGGGACAGGCCGAACCGGGCUGUGGAGACGGAUAGGAGACCUGGAGUGAAGAGCGGCCACAACCCGUCCUGGCUGAAUGCCUACCCUCACACACUCUGUGUGAGGCAUCCGCACAGGAUGUACAGGGCUGUGUACCCGUACUGGCAUAACAGCACGUGACACUGGAGCAGGAUAUCCGGGACCGCGGAGAGGCAUUGGAGACCACGAGCGUUGAGCCGGCACACUCCGUCCUGGCUGCAUACCCCCCUUCGCACGACACGUGCGGGGUGCUCGCACAGGACGUACAGGACUAUGCCGGACCACUCGUGGCACAGUACGCCGCUCCGCAUACCGCGGAACCUGCCCCGUCCCAUGCUGCCAUGCCUGAGUACGGGAAGUUGGUUCCGCUCUCCAUCCAGGCUCCGCCAACCUGCCUUCUGGCCCCCCUAACCCGGUGGCCUCCUCUCCAAAUCGCCCUGUGGCAGCCUCCUGCUGCCCAGCCGCCCAUGCCGUGUGCCCCCCCCUAAAAUUGUUUUGGGGUUGCCUCUCGUCCGUCCGACGAUGGCACUGCUGACGCCGCUGCUCCUCUCUCGCCAGGGCCUUAAUCCUAGCCCAAGGUCCCUUGCCCCCGAGCAUGUCCUCCCAGGACCACGAUUUGCCCACCUGGGCCAUCGCCAACCUCUCCAUCUCUUUUCCCGGCGCUUCCUCCCAUGUCCAGUCUGCCUGCUCCUGGACACGCUGCUUGGUCCUUUUAUGGUGGGUUCUUCUGUCACGAUCGUCAGGGAGAGAAGUAGACCAAUGCGCAGCGUGAUGAACGAACAUGUUACUUUAUUAUAUUAAAGCACAAAACAAUAAACGACUCGUGAAGUCCACGGUGACAAUGACCGACAAGGAACAAGAACCCACAAACACAAAAGGAAAACAGACAGUAUAAAUAUGGCUCCCAAUCAGAGACAACCAGCCAACAGCUGACACUCGUUGCCUCUGAUUGGGAGUCACUCAGGCCAACAUAGAAAUACACAACCUAGAACCCCCAACAUAGAAAUAGAACACAUAGAAUGAACACACCCUGGCUCAACAUAUAGAGUCCCAGAGCCAGGGUGUGACAACCUGGCUAGCCCUACCCCGGCCACCAGCUCUGCACCCUCCGCUGCACCCCCCCCCCCCCCCCCCCACCCGCUUCUCCUUCACCCAAAUUCAGAUAGCUGAUGUCCUGAAAGAGCUGCUAAAUCUGGACCACUACAAAUCAGCUGGGCUAGACAAUCUGGACCCUUUCUUUCUAAAAUUAGCCACUCUAGAUCCAAACUGUUACAGACCUAUAUCCAUCCUGUCCUGCCUUUCGAAAGUAUUCGAAAGCCAAGUUAACAAACAGAUCACCGACCAUUUCGAAUCCCACCGUACCUUCUCCGCUAUGCAAUCUGGUUUCCGAGCUGGUCAUGGGUGCACCUCAGCCACGCUCAAGGUCCUAAACGAUAUAAUAACCGCGAUCGAUAAAAGACAGUACUGUGCAGCCGUCUUCAUCAACCUGGCCAAGGCUUUUGACUCUGUCAAUCACCGCAUUCUUAUUGGCAGACUAAAUAGCCUUGGUUUCUCAAAUGACUGCCUCGCCUGGUUCACCAACUACUUCUCAGAUAGAGUUCAAUGUGUCAAAUCGUAGGGCCUGUUGUCUGGACCUCUGGCAGUCUCUAUGGGGGUGCCAUAGGGUUCAAUUCUCGGGCCGACUCUAUUCUCUGUGUAUAUCAAUGAUGUCGCUCUUGCUGCUGGUGACUCUCAGAUCCACCAGAUCUCAGGCUCUGUCCUUCACAGCUCUGUAUGGGUUUUGACUGACAGAUCUCAGGCUCUGUUCUUCACAGCUCUGUAUGGGUUUUGACUGACAGUUCUCAGGCUCUGUCCUUCACAGCUCUGUAUGGGUUUUGACUGAAAGAUCUCAGGCUCUGUUCUUCACAGGUCUGUAUGGGUUUUGACUGACAGAUCUCAGGCUCUGUUCUUCACAGCUCUGUAUGGGUUUUGACUGACAGCACUGCUAAUUGGGCAACCUUUGCUAAUGUUUUGUUGUCUGAGUGAGAGAAAUGCCGUAAAUUAAAACGACUAUGUAUUUUGAAAGAUGAGACGUUGAGGAUUAUAAUAAAUACCGCUUUGAUGUCAUACAACCAAGCCAAACACCUGAGUCCAAAUGUGCACUUCACAUUUCCAAAUCAUAAAACUCAUGUUAUAUACAGUGUCAAUGUUUAUGAUCACUUGUGUUUGAUGUACAGUUACAAGAUGGCGUGGCGUCACACCAUGGGUUGUUCUGAACAGAAUGAUCCUGUGUUUGUCUAUUGUGAUUAAAAGUUGCUGCGGAACACGCGCCUGAGUGCACUCAUGAUUCCUCGUGACCUUGGGACUAUAAGAUUCUCUCUGCGCAAAGCAUAGUUCUGAGAUGUUGAGCAUCAAAGUUUUCACAUCUCAGAUCUCAGAACUGUUUUGUAAUGAAUUAAUCUUUCAUAACCUAUUCAUAACCCAUUAUAGUAUUACAAAUCCUGAGACGUUUGUAAAUUUGUGUUUUUAAGGGGGGGGGGGGUGCAAUCGCAGAUAAAACCUUAUGGCUCUGACAUUUUUUUAUCUGGGUUCAGCCAUUAGGCUCUAUCUGGCAGUUCUGUAUUAGACAUGUUCAGUUUGUAAGGAAACUGUAGCUAUUUGAAUACAUAAAUGAUAGAAUAACAGUAUUUUACCAAGGAAGUGUCAGAACACAUCAUCAAAUACUUUAAGAAAUAUAUUAUGAUCAUCAGACUAAUUACUGUCAUCACCGAACAACGAUGUGACGACAUCAUUUCCUUUAAGGUUUCUGACAGUGUUGAUUUUUUUUUGCUUGCGUGUCGUUAUCGCUGGCUCGACUAGCCUAGACCAUGCUUAGAGGGAGAUGGCAAAGACACGCGUUCUGAUUGGUCCUUCUGUAUUUGUUCAGGCUUGUGAUUGGAUUGCACAUGGAACCAUAUGGUGCCAAGUUCAAAUGGUUUUACGCAGAAAGGACUUUCUAGUUUUUUACAUUUCUUCACUUAAAAUGUACUUUGAAAGAAAUCUAACUCCACAGACUUAUGAAAGGUCAAACUAAAGGUCAAUUAUAUGUGACUAACUCAUUUUUGACAAAAAUGUCAUAUAAAACCUUGUUGUCCCAAGGUCUCGUCCUUUCUAUGCACACCAAAAUGAUGAUUUGUUUCUCUGAAUUGCCUUGUGAAGGCUAACACUGUAAGAUCGUAUUUUACAACUUAGCUAGUCAUGUUGGCAAUAGAACAUGCUUUCAAAUGAUGCCCACCUGACCCAGAUUGCGAUUUAUAAUGGGCCGUUUUUUGGAUUGCGUAAACAACAACAGUAAUUGUGUGAUGGUGGGGAUGCAGGGCUGUGCUCCAUACAAAACGUUCUUGGUCUAGUUCCUCAACGGCACCAUGGCAUUCUUUUGGCUUAUGUUGCACCAACCCCACAUUUUCCAGGAAUUAGAGCGAAUCUUAGUCCAACUGCUAGUUCAUAACCUGGUCUUUAUGGUGUCUCUCUUGUAGCCCUGGAAAGCUGAAAGCAGCCAAAGCAGCAUCCACAGUCCUCUGCAACAUGUUCCAGUACAAGAAGCUGCACAAGGACUACAAACAGGUGAGAAACACCACUGGAGAAUGGUAGAGAGGAGAGGAUCACAGACCUACUGGAGAAUGGUAUAGAGGAGAAGGAAUCAAGAUACUGGAGAAUGGUAGAGAGGAGAGGAUCCACAGACUACGGGAGAAUGGUAGAGAGGACGGAUCACAGACUAUGGAGAUGGUAGAGAGGAGGAGCACAGAUACGGGGAGAAUGGUAGAGAGGAGAGGAUCACAGACUACUGGAGAAUGGAGAGGGAAGAGGAUCCAGAUCUGGAGGAAGAGAAUGGUCGAGCGGGGGCUCAACAGACUACGGAGAGCAUGG